GUUAACCUCCCAUUAACAAUCAAUUUUUUAAAAGUGUUGACUUGGAGACGUGUGGUCAAAGAGCUGUGACCUCUGACCCGCCCUGGUCUGUUUGCUCGCGCAGGGACCUGAUGCCGAGGACCCUGGACGGCCAGAUCACCAUGGAGAAGACGCCCAGCUACUUCGUGACGCGCGAGGCGCCCGCGCGCAUCUCGGCCAUGUCCAAGGACACCAAGCUCCUGGUGGUGGUGCGCGACCCGGUGACCCGGGCCGUGUCGGACUACACGCAGACGCUCUCCAAGCGGCCCGACAUCCCCAGCUUCGAGAGCCUGGCCUUCCGGAACCGCUCGGCGGGCCUGGUGGACCGCUCGUGGAGCGCCAUCCAGAUCGGCCUGUACGCGGAGCACCUGGAGCGCUGGCUGCGCCACUUCCCCGCCCGCCAGAUGCUCUUCGUGAGCGGCGAGCGCCUGGUGCGCGACCCGGCCGGCGAGCUGGGCCGCGUGCAGGACUUCCUGGGCCUCAAGCGCAUCAUCUCGGACAAGCACUUCUACUUCAACCAGACCAAGGGCUUCCCCUGCCUCAAGAAGGCGGAGGGCAGCGGCCGCCCCCACUGCCUGGGCAAGACCAAGGGCAGACCCCACCCCGAGAUCGACGCGCAGGUGCUGCGGCAGCUGCGGGAUUUCUACCGGCCCUUCAACCGCAAGUUCUACCAGAUGACGGGCCACGACUUCGGCUGGGACGGAUGAACUUUUAAUUUAAAAAGAAAAAAGAAAAUAUCAGAAGAUAAUAUAUUUUUUUACCAAUCGGUAGAGAAGAAGCAGUUUAAUAUUUGCGCUGCCGAUAUUUGUUUCAGUAUUUUUUUUCCCCAUGAAUGUUAAAGAGAUUGUUCUCCUCUCCACCCUCACUGGCGUGAACUACCAACUGUGAAGGUUUCCAUUAAAAAAGGAAACCUGCACGAAUCUCCAUUUUCCAUCUUGAUUUUGUGUUUUACGUGCACAGUUAUGAAGCAUGAAUGUCAGUUGCCAUUAAAACUUUCAAGAAAUUCCUGAGAGUAUAGCUCACUCACUCGUUUUUUUUUAAACACAGCCCAGAUAAAACUGAUAUCUCUCCUGAUGUUUUUCUCCCUUUAAUUUUGUUCCUGUGCCACUUUUUCUUAAACCCUUUCCCGAUUAAUAAUUCUGUAUGGUUACCCAUCACUUCUCGGAUAUCACAGUGUUUUCAACUACAUCUUUCUUGAUCCUUAUAUUCGGCUGUGAUUUAACAACAUAGAACAGGAAGGCUAUUAUCCCAUUUUACAGAUAAAGAAACUGAGUAUCAGGGAGGUUAAGUGACGUAUCUUACCGCCAGGUGGUGGGCCCUUGACAAAACUCCAUCUUCCACUUAUUCCCUGUUUUGUGCCACCCUUCUCAGGAAGUAUGGGAAAGGCACAGACAUCCUUUAGAAAUGCUUGGCUAGUUUGGGGAGGGUUUCCUGUUGCUUUUGAGUUCUAUGCAAGCCUUAUGGUGCUCAGACACCUUACACAGUUGUGCUCAAGGAAACUACUCUGUCCUGGACACAACGUCUUUUAAGAGGCAAUCUUCUUGGCUUGCUAAAGCACCCCAAGAGGUGGAAAUCCCGACUGAAUUGAAGUGAGGGGAAUACUGGAUUGUUGCAUGGAGAACAAGGUGGCUACUCACACUAGGAGCAGGACAA